GUCGUGUGAAGGAAACAAGAUUGAGGGCUCCAUUCCAUCCACGUUUUCUGCCCUCACCUCCUUGAGCACGCUAAAUUUGCGAAUCAACAGAAUGGACGGCACUAUCCCGCAAGUCUUCUCCACUGCUCUCAGCAGCCUCGACCUUUCGAAUAAUGCCUUUUCUGGCCACAUUCCACCCUUACUCGGCUCCCUCACUGGCCUCUCUAACUUGGACUUAUCAGGAAACAAUUUCACAGGGGCUAUUCCUGAAUCCCUUACAGGCCUCACCAAUGUGUUUGGACUGUUGUUGUCCAACAACCAGCUGACCUCUGGGCUUGAUGUGAUUGAGAGGAUGACAUGGCUUGAGUCAGUAGAAAUUUCUUACAACAUGUUUUCGAGUAGUCUACCGAAUAUUUCGUCCUUAUCUCUUCUCUCAGCGUUGAUUCUUCGAGGCAACCAUUUGCAAGGGUCGUUUCCUGCUGAACUGCUGAAGCUAACCAAUCUCUUUACGCUAGAUAUUGGGAACAACGAGCUCCAUGGGCCCAUUCCUGAGGACAUAUCCAAACUACAGAAUCUGAUGUAUCU